CCACAACGACGCGACAACGAUAACGAGGACAAUCCAUAAUGUCGGUAGCAACAGUGACGGUGCUGCCACGAGAGCCCCGGUUCCCCCACCUGCUUCCCCCAGUGCCUCGUACUCGUCCUAUACCACUGCGAAACGCCGGUUACGAGCCCAUGUACGGCCGAAUGAAGGAAUACCGCGACCUGCAACGCGAGAUGGACGAGCUGAGUGAAGAAGAACACGAGCUGGAGGAAAUGGAUAAUAACAUCCGUACCCGUGGUUGCAAGACCGUCGUGCCCAUCGGACGCGUCAAGACGCAGCAAGACGAGAGGAAAGGGUCAGGUGAAGACGACGAGGGGGAUUCUGCCAUCUCUGGUGGGCCUCCGUCUGUGAUGGAAAGCGAAGAGGAGCAAGAGCAAGAGGAGGAAGAGGUAGAGGUAGAUUUGGAUGCCAGUAUGGAGGAUCUGGAUGAAGAGUCGAGCGACGAGGAAGAGGAAGAAGAACAAGACCUAGACAUGGAUAUUCCUGAGGAUAUCGAUGCCUCACACUCAUUUUAGUGGGCGUCGCGAUAUUUAGCAGCAGCGAGUUUCACUGCAAGCGCAUUGGAAAUGCAUUGAAGAAUCUUCUGACAGCGAUUGAGAGAUACUCGACUUCACGACAACCCAGCAACCUCGAUCGCUCUUCUGGAACCCG